AAUUAUUUAUCUUUGAUGAGCUUUUCAGUAAUUACUUUCCUGGGGUAAAACACUUCUAAAGAUUGCAUAAGUUAACACUAAAGAAAGAAUAAUAAAAUUGGUACCUGAAAUUCGGUUUUUUCUGUACAAAGCUAGGGAUUCGAAAGUAGAACUUAUUGUUAGCAUUGAUAUAAAAACUUUAGAGCAACUGGAGUUUGAAAACAUGUGCUUUUCGGAAGGAGGUGGUGCUUUUGUGACAUAAAGAAUUGUUUUUGAAAAUGUCCUUUCUCCGAUUGGAUUAAAUCUUAACACUGAAUCAGGUAUAAUCUUCCCAGCACGGAUUUUAGUUUUAUCAGGUCGUAUCGUUUAUCAGCGAAAUAAACUUCUUUUUUCAAGGAAUUACGAUAUUGAUUCCUUAAAUUUUUUACUUGCACGAGUAAAGCAAUUUGUGAUAAGACAAAUCUGUGAAAAAAUUGGACGUUUGUUCCACCUGAGUAUCUGUGAAGUUCUUUUUUCUUGACGAUGAAGCUGAAGCAGCAGUGAAUCGAUGUCGACCGGCGGAUUACUGCCGACUUUCUCCACUUCAAGAAAUUAGUUCAGAUUAGUGACAAACUUUAUCGUUUCAUACGAUCGCCGAAAUUUUUUUUUUUUUUUUUUGCAUCCCAUUAUAAUGCGAGAGCUCUCAACUUCGUUUUAAUUCAGGAUGUUUAAAAACAGUUCGUUCGACUUUCUUGAAUUUGUGUUCAAUAUGAAAUAUGUGUUCUUGCUUGGAAGUUUGCUUUUUCAAAAUGCCAUUGGAAGUGGAGUCCAUUUUUCAGGCUUUAAUAGCAUAAAAUUUUUGAAUGACCACAUUGUGAUGUAUUUGCGGAGAACGCAACAAUGACCUGAAAUAACUGGCUAAGGUCCACCAUGCCACGGUUGCUGGAUAAGGCAAGAUAUAUAAUAUUGUUGCUUCUGUAUACAACACUGGGUGUGCAGUCGGAGGACGAGUUUAAGUUUGGAGACACAGAAACCCGAUACUUUUAUCACUCCAAAAUUCUCCCAGAGAAAAAGGAGGUGACAGCAUACCUUCUCCACAACAAAACAGAAAAAAUAUUUUUCGUCCAGGGCGAAGAUCAGAGGCCAUUUUUUCUAUCGGUUAUUCCUUGUGCCUCCUCCGUUGAGUGGACACUGACUCACAAGAGUGCAUCAGAGUUCAGCAGCGAAUCCUCAGAUUCACCAUCAUCGUCACAAAAGCCAACUGUUCUUCACAAAUAUACAGGAAGAGAAUUCCAUAGCUUCAAAUACAACAAGGGCUUGCCGGGACUAUAUACCAUAAACAUUAGACCCCUCGAGAGUGAUACAUACGUUAAUCUUUAUGGUUCUAAUAGAUUUCAAAUAAAAAAUUAUCCUAAACUGCCAAAAGACAACACAGUCAAAGUUAAGAAACACAGUAGGAAAAGUUUUACUGUUGAAUGGCAAUCUAGUCCAGAGGAGACGCCAUUCGACAAUAUUAUCGAGUAUCAUAUAGCAGUGAACAGGAAACAUUCUUUUGACACAUUUUGUUCACUAAUGUCUCACUACAAAGGUGACCAACGGCCUCCCCUUCCGUCGCCAAAUUUUAAUUUUUCAGAUGAAAUCCAACGAGAGCGCGAGUUCCUCAAAAAAGCCAACCCGAUCAAAGCGGCCAAAAAGAAUGAAAUAACUUACAAAGUAUUAGGAGUGAAAACGAAAUACACAUUUAACGGAGCUCGACCAGGAAGAAAGUACUUUGUGAAUGUAUUUGUAUAUAAUAAACAAACCGGCAAAGCCAGUGCAUUUAAAAGUUUAGUGGUGAGGACUAAAUCUCGAAAGCGUCAAGGAGUACGAAUAAAAAAUGGUAAAAUUAAUGAGCACAAAUUUACAAAACCUAAACAACGGUUGACAAUGGAAUUCAAAGUGAACAAACCCGCCAAGGAAGUGUUGCUAGGUGUUCACGUGUGUGGCGGGAAAAUCAGAUUUCAAAUACGGAAUAAAAAGAAGAAAGUGUUUAGUAGGAGAAUAAAGAGUCAUAAGGAAUUUAUUCUCAAAGACCUUGAGAAAGGUACUUACACAGUUAGAAUUAAAGGUUCCAAAAAAGUAGGAGGGGACGUACGGUUCACUUUAAGUACUAAGAGAAAUAAAUAUAGGUUUCCAAGGUUACCAAAAGACACGAGAGUGACGACAAGCAAUGCUACGUGUGAAAAUGUGACAAUUGCCUGGUUAGGUGAAACACAAAGACAGAAGUUCUGUGUAUAUAAGACUGAAUUAUCAGAGGGAAAGCUUAAUCGUCGACCAAAACAUGACCAGUGUUCCAAUGAAAUUGACAAAGCCAGUGAAUUAGUGUUUUGUAAACGAUUUAAGAAUCACAACCAGCAGUUGUUACGUGAAACUAUAACUGGACUUAAAGCAAAUAGCAAUUACACAAUUGAUGUUGUUGUUAAACGAAAUGGAAAUUCAAAGUUCUUCUUACGAUAUGACAGUUUACAUAUAAAAACUGAAAAGACGUGUUGAGAAGAAUUUAAGUGUUUUGUAUGACGUGUGCAAGAAGGAUGUGUUUGAAUGUCAAUACUUGGCUGAUAGAAAAAGGUCUUCGUUUUAAAGGUGUGGCGUUGUUUAAAAGUGAAUACUGGAUUUUUUAUGUAGCAUCUUGUUACAUUGCUGAAAAUAUGAUCUGUUGAUACUGGCAUUGUGUGAGAGAUUAUUAUUAACGUUUGACAAUGCUACUUUCUCACUUUAACAUUUUUAAACAUUUUAUGAAAACAUGUGCUCAGACUAUUAUCUAAAAGAUAAAAAUCAGUAAUCAGUCUCAAAUAUAGCAAAUGAAAAGAUUACGUAACAUUAUUGUUUAUCAGAUUGUUUAAAAUUUGAAGAAAGAAAUGUUUACAUGACAACUAUAUGGUGAGCGAUUGUAUGUGAGCUUGUUUAUUUAUUUGAUUUCAUUUAAUUUAUAAAUUCAUAGAUGUGGAAUAGGAGACUUCAAAGUGGCUGUGAUGUUCUGUAUAUAAAUGUGAUAUUUUUCGGCAUUUAGUGGAAUCACUAAUGCCGACUUGCAUUCUGAAGGAUCUUACUAUAAGCAUCACAUGUACAACAAUACUUACAAAGUGCUUUGAAACUUUAUUUUGACAUUGGGUGAAUGGAUGGGAGUUUGUUAGUGCAGUGAUAAAUGUACUUUAUGAACGUCAAUCUAUUAUUUUUGGUGCUAUAUUUGUUCAGAUUUUUUUUCAUGAAUUAUCACCACAGGUAGACAAAAGGGGUAAAUGUUCAGUAAUAAUAAUCUCAUUUUUAAGUGAAAGAUGCUGCCGGUGUUGAACUAGUUAUCUUUAUUAAAGUCUUGUAAAUAUGUGCAUGAUCUUUGACACGAAAUCAUGUUUGGUGUAAUAAGAUAAGAAUAUGAUGAAUUUAGAAUUUGGCACUUUCGGAAUCUUUCUGAAUCUUUCAACAGUUAACAAACGAUGUGUUUCAGAAAGACGAUAUUUUUAUCAGAAAUCUUUAUCCUGAUAUUCGAAGAAUGUUAACAUUUGGCCCGAAGAUUAUUAGGGGAUUGAUGAUAAAAUGUCCCGGACAAAGACCUAGGUAGUCUCCAUGUGACUAUAAUGCACCCCAUUUAGUUUCAAGACAAGAAAUCCUACAGGAGCCUGUAAUGGAGAGACUUUUUUUCAGUAUUUGUUAUGUUUUGUUAUAUAUUUAUUACAAAAACAGUAUUCUGUCUUUUUAUAUUUCUCCCUUGAAAUCUCUAGCUUGUUAAAUGAAUGAUUUUUUUUUCUGAUUAAUAGAUAAAUGUGGGACACAAACUCUUCAUUGUUACACGACAAGCUUGCUUCCUUGAAUUUCGACUAAAGAAUGGAAGUGUUUCAUUGUAAUUUUAUUUCAUUACUUUAAGUAACUUGGUUCUGCGCAUGCUCAGCUAAGUAUAAUCACGCUUUUUAUAGGCAUUUUAUGCAAAAUUAAAAAUGAGGUCCCGAUCGAUGUCAUGUUUCUAUUUGUUUUAUAUUUAAUAUUGAUACAUUCAGAUAUGUUGUUGACAAUAAAAGAUUAUCAAAAUCUUA